AUGUCUUCUAAUAGCGAUUUAUUGGAAAAGUUAAGUCCAAUUCAAGAGCAUUACCUCAAGAAGUAUGUUUUAGAAAGACUUCUAUCACUUGAGCUCCAACAGCUCUCAAGUCCUGAUUGUUGUAGUUUGAUUGGUGAGCCGUUCAAGACGGACAAACCUCAAGAUGAUGAAACUUUACCACUAAUGAAGUUUUUUUUUCGUAAAUUUGUGAUCAAGUUCCCAUUGAUUACAAGUAAUUCAAAGGAGACACAAUUGGAGUUUUGGCAAACUGUUGUUCAGCCUUUUGUCGAGAGCUUUUAUCUGAAAGGAAUCAGUAAUUCAGAAGAAAGGCAGAGCAAGACGUCUAAAAGAAAGAAUGUCAAUAGGAAAUUGCUAUCUGGGAUGCUACUCUUCUAUAACUCGGUUUUAGUUACUCCAAAGGAUUUGGAGUACAUAAAACUAUCGACUUUAAAGUCGACUGAUGAGGGUAAGCUCAGCAAGCUUCAAAAAGACAGUAAUAAUGUACCUUCAUUUCAAGUGGGAAUGGACAAUUAUAGUAAAAUGAAGUUCAUCAAUGAUAUAAGUAUAAAUAUUGUAGCUGUUAGAAAGAUAGCAUCGCCUGCUACAGAAGCACCUAGCUAUUGGAGAUCAUUUAUAGUCAGUUCAAAACCAAAAAGACAACAUCAUUUUGAAUUCGUAAUUCAAAUAGUGAAGCGAGAUGAAGAACAUAACUCCUAUGACUCACAUUUUAUCAGCAGAGCUUACCAUGAUUUCAAGCAACUUGAGCAUGAUUUGAAGAAGGGGUUUCCAGGUUUAAUGUCGGCAAAAGUUCCUAGGCUACCACGUAAACCAAGAGGUGAUGAAGGAAUAAAUGAUCUGCAUGAAUUUACACUUUCAAGUGUUUCUUUGGAGGCCGUGGAAAGCUCUGAUACAAAUGAAACACACGAAUCGAAGCUGCUGAACUCCAAUAAAAAAUUGUUCAAAGAAAAGCUUCGAUUAUCAUUGAGAGGCUACUUGAAUGAUUUAAUCCAUCAUCGUGAAAUAACAAACUCGAAAAUAUUUAAUUCAUUCGUGUCGGAUCCCGAAUUAAGUUUUACUAAGCUCACAGAAUUGGACUUAGAAGACCAUGAGGCUAGGCUCGAAAAUGAGGAACACAUUUUGAGAACACAAUUUGAAUUCCAAACACAAACAUCUGAGAUUAUAUUGGGCUUGGCUUCAGAAUUUGAGAGCUUCAAAAAUAGUUUGAUAAUGAAACCAGAGACCCUCACUAAUUUGUUUGAUGAGCUUGGAAACUCGGUAGAUCUAGAAAACAGAUCACCUAUAUUGCGCUCUUUUAGUGAGUGGUGCAAGCUUGAAGUCGCAGCUACACUAUAUCAAAUGUUCUUGGCUAAUGAUAAUUCGAAUCAAUUUUUAGAGAAAUGUUUGAAAUUUCACAAGUUGUUUCCCUAUCGUAUGAUCUACGGCAUCCUUAGAUUCACAAAUCCGGGAAAAAUGUUAUCUAGAGUUCUCGAUUUGUUGUUUCUUAAUGUUCCUAGCUUACCAAAAUGGGGCUCUUCAGAAACUAAAAACUCGAGAUGCUUACUAUCCAUGAUAUUUGUAAUGUUGUUGGAUGAAGAUUUGAGUGAAUUUGAAAAAGAAUUUACUGUUUUACGAGAAAACCUUUCUCAAUAUCAGAUGCUCUUAGAAAAACUUGAUAACUAUACAGAAUGUGAUUACGACAUCCACAAUGAUAUCAUUGAAGAAUCUACAGCUCAAAAAGAAGACUUGCUUAUCACUAUUCUCAGUACUGAAUCGAUUCCACCUAUAGCUUCACCAGAAUCAAUAAAGAAAGUAUAUGAAUCUUUUAAAAACUUUGACAAAUUAGAAGAUACUAACGAUAUGAAAGGAUGUGAAUUGUAUUUGCAUCUUAAACAAUAUUGGCAAUUGAAGACCAGGCAAAAGGACAAAAAUCUCAUGAAACAACUUUGGCAAGAACCAGAGCUAGUAAAUUUAAUAAAGCAGUUUAUUACAAUUUUCUAUGAGCCGAUUAUUGCUGUUCUUGCUAAAUGUGAUAUUCAUUUAGCAUUCAAAGAAUUCCAAGAUUUUAUGAAUGAUUUGAUGGUUGAAUUAGUAAAACUAUCUAGCGGAGAAGUCUACUACUUAAGCUCAAUAGAAAUUUUUAACAGACUACGGGAAUUGAUAGACAGACACGAAUCGGUGUUCUGGAAUUUUAUCCAUAACAUAUACGUGAAAGACGAUCAAAACAUUUUCCGUAACAUUGUUGUAUGGAUAAAUAAACUUCUACAAGUUAUAAAGCUCAAAUUUGUGGAUCUCGAUUCCGUAUUAUUUAAAUUAGGAACUUCAAACUCAGUUGAUGAAGCUUUGUUUUUAAAGCAAUUGAGUGCAAGAAUUAGCUUGGUCACCGGUAGAAGGCGUCUUUUUAAGGAGUUUUUGGUAAAAGCAGCUAAUGGUAAAGACGAAAUUGAAAAAGAUUGGGAUAAGAAAAAUGAAGAAAUUUUUGGUGAAAUUGAAGGCGAAGACUUUGGCGUCGCUGGCGACGACAUAGAAGAAUUCAACUAUUUGAAUUCUGAAGAGAACAUGGAUACUGAAGAGCCGCGUGUAGAUCAAAUGCUCUUACGGGAAAAAUUACAUGACUUGGAGAAGGAAAACAGCAAAUUUGGAACAAGUGAAUUGGAUAAGUUUGCACCCGAUGCAAACAAGCAAUUGGUCGAACUUUUGAAAAAAAUAAAAGUUUAA